AAAUACAGCAACUAACGUAUUCAUUUUUCGUAACUGUUUACCAUUUAAAACAUAAAUCUUGGAAAUGAUCAAAGCCAGGCAGAUGAGUUACUUGGAAAAGCACAGGAUUUACGAAAUGUUUAAGAACAUAGUCAAAGCACUAGUCAUGUUUCAGCCCCCGGACCCUUUACGGUUCGUCGCGUGGUAUUUGAAGCGCCGACGUUAUGUGGACGUACCGAAAAUCCUGUUGGUCGCUCCCUUCGAUCACCGGUUGGAUACAGACAAAGUAUACGUUGCACUCAACAUAGCCAAAAGCACCGGAGUGGUAACCAUCGAUCGGCGGAACGUACUACGCAGACACCGGAAAAAACGAACAGACGAUGAUGACAGUUGUGAUUCAACGGAUUUUAUGACCAUGUUGAUGGAGUACAUGAAAGCAAAAGGAGCCUCGGAAAAAGGAUGGAUACUUUUGGAUAUCCCAAAUAGUAAUAAAGAAGCAGAUAUGAUGAUAAGUCUUGGUAUUCUACCGACACACACAAUCGUGCUGGAUAAACCAGCAGGUUUAUGCGAUACUCAAACAAAACAUGACAAGUCCAAUCUAAUUUACAAAAACUUAGAAUUUGAAAUUAAAAUGAAAUUUCGAUUCACGUUAAAAGAAAUAAAUGUACAAGGUAAAUCAGUCGACCAGAUAACAGAAUUGUGUCUGGAUCAAAUACUACGUCAAAAACCGUCUGAUGUUCCAUUUGUGCCUAAAGUGACAAUUAUCGGCCCAAAAGGAUCUGGGCGUUUUCUUGUGGCUAGUGCUCUAUCCAAGAGAUUCAAUUUAGUCAACGUGGAUUUCGAUCAAAUGUUGGAUCAAAAAGCAGCAACCAGUAACAGAAAAAUCGCCGAAGAAACGGCACACGAGUGGUUAAAAAAAAAACUAACAGAAGACAGUUGUGUGGAAAAUGGUUACGUGAUCAAGGGUUUCCCGCGUACGAGAGCUGAUUUUGAAUGGUUGGAUUCUACCGAAAUGGCUCCAAAUCGAGUCAUAUUUUUGGCAACCAGUUUCCCAGAACUAUAUAGUCGUUUCAAGAACAGGUGCUUGGUCAAAAAUACAGGAGCCAUUAUGAGCCUGAAUCGAGCGGUCGACGAGCUAAAAGCUGGUACGUUGAAAUUCGAACAUCUAAGUCGGUAUCCGUCGAAUUCGGGAAAAUUUCUGUGCGAGUUCAAAACGUACUGCAGACAUUUAAAAGAAAUGCUCUAUUAUUGCGGAGACAGUUGUUCUAUCGUCACUUUUGGUGAUUCGCUGUGCGACAAGGUGUCGACGUGCGUCGUAUCCGCGAGUCCGGCAGCCGGUCCGAGACCUCGCGACCGUAUGCCGAGUCGACUAACUGACAGCCUCGCCGAACGGAUGUUUUUACCCUCGGGAUACGAAGACGUCUGUCGCGAGCCCGAAUUAUCCGAAGCUGCACGGGAUCUACUGAACGCCCUCAUCGAUCGGGACGCCAAACGACUGGACAAUCUCGGUUUCCAUCAGGCUGUUUAAACAACAUGGUCUGCGCGAAAUUAAAGUUUUAUAC